AUGACAAUGUCUGAAACUAGCGUCCAAGCAAAGUCCGAGGAUGAGGUUCACCUUCCCCCACUUGAAGGAAACGGGAACGUGCACGAACUGCAAGACGAUUUGGAAAGUUUGAGAAUCCAGAAAAGUGACGUGCAAGUUGAUCCAAAGGUCAGCAGUGGUAUUGAAAUUGAACAUGAGGAUUUGAAGAUUAUUCGAAGGAAACUCACCAGCUACGUUGGAUUUGCCAGUCUUCCCAAACAAUGGCAUCGCAAGUCUAUGAAGAGAGGAUUCAACCUGAAUUUGAUGGUAGUUGGCCAAUCGGGCUUGGGUAAAUCUACAUUGAUAAAUACCCUUUUUAACAAAGAGUUGUACCCCAUUGAAAAUGACGGAUUGGAAACUGCAGAGCAAUUAGAGGAAGUUUCUGAAGUUACCAUUGAGACCGCUAGCUCUGAUAUCGUGGAAAAUGGUGUCAAAUUGCACCUGACAGUGGUCGACACCCCUGGUUUUGGAGACUGCAUUAACAACAUAGAUGCGUGGAAACCAAUCGUGGAGGAAAUUGAAAACAGAUUUAACAUCUUUCUGGAAGCUGAGACCAGAAUCAACAGAACAACCAUAGUUGAUAACAGAAUCCAUGCGUUGUUAUACUUUAUUGAACCCACUGGACACUCAUUGACUGCUCUGGAUAUACAGUUUUUGAAACGCGUCCACGAAAAGGUCAACCUUAUUCCUGUCAUUGCCAAGUCCGACACUUUGACCGAAGAAGAGAUCUACGGGUUCAAGCAAAGAAUACUCGAAGAUAUUAGAAACCAACAUAUCAAAAUCUUCGAACCUCCUCAAUAUGAAGACCUUGACGACGAAGAAAGCUUGCAGAUCACCAAAGAAAUGAUUUCCAAGAUUCCAUUUGCUAUUGUUGGCUCCACUCAAAAAGUACAGACCGCUGAUGGCCGUACUGUCCGCGGUAGAUCCUACCCCUGGGGGGUUAUCGAAGUGGACAAUGAUGAUCACUGCGACUUCAUCAAACUGAGACAACUGUUGAUUAGAGAUUUCAUGGAGGAUCUCAAAGAACAUACCGCAAAAGUUUUGUAUGAGAACUACAGAACUGAGAAACUUCUCAAGACCGGAAUUACACAGGAUGACAGCGUUUUCCGCGAGUUUGAUCCAGUUAGAAGACAAAAGGAAGAGCGUGCUCUGCAAGAAGCUGCAUUGGCAAAGCUGGAGGCCGACAUGGAGUCUGUGUUGCAGAAAAAAGUUGCUGAUAAAGAGAAGAAGUUACAGAAAUCUGAGGCAGAACUGAUUGCAAGACACAAGGAGAUGAAGGCCAAGUUUUUGAAGAAACUGAAAACCUUGGAAGAGAAGAAGAAGAUGUUAGAGAACACCAAGACCACGCCGCACCAAGAACCACAUGCCCAACCUCCUGCAAAGACCCGUAAAGGAUUCUUGCGUUGA